UUUGAUUGCACUCGUCAGUUGGCUUUGAAAGUCGUAAAUGCGUGAACGUCGGAGUGUCACUGCGGUUCGGUUGAUGGGAGUGAUUUUCGGGCUGGUGUUGUUUUCAGUGAGAUUGUUGUAAUGAAGUGCAUUUGAGAGGAUGUGAGGAAUUGCUAGUGCGAAGCUUGAGAAGACUAAAGUGGAAUAUUAUUGAAAUCCAACUUUUGUCCUGAUUUGUGAAUACAUUGUGCUGGUGAAAUUGCGGGCGAGCGGAUAUUCCUGAUCUUCAUUGCGGAGAAGCACCCGUGUUUCGCUGUAAGCCGGUCGUUCCUGUCAUCAGAACUACACUGGAUUGAUAUUGACUUCCAAUGUGUUUUCUACUGAAGAAUGGAGUGAUUACAACUUGCGACUACAAACAUAUACAUAUAUCCCGGAAGUCAACAACAUUAAACUAACUCUAUUUACACUGUGAAACCGGUAUCCAUAUUUUCUUAUACUUGACAAAUUAAAAUGCAACAUGAUGUUACCAUCGAGAUGACUAAAUAGCGGAGCUUAACGGUAACAGAUUAUGUUUGAAUUAAAUUCACGGCGUGUUUACUUGGCCUCACAAAUGAUUUCUGAAUCUACUGAAAUUAUAACCGGCGAAAUGAAGGCGCCUAAAGAGGAACAUUUAACUACCAACUCAAAUCCAAAUUGCUCGUUCAUCAAAACGUCAUUGUCGAUGACAGCUCUACCACCAAACGACAAUUGCCAUGACAGCAGCGAAGUAAUAAAAGCUAAGUUGAGGAUUGAAAGGCCCUACAACAGUUUGAAGAACAAGCGGAAUUCCCGACAUGACUCGUGGCGCCGCUCGUGGGGCAGUGGACAAAGCCAUAGUUCUAAUAGCUUAUAUAGUAACGCAACUGGCAUUGGUUUGAAUUCGGGGAAGGAUGAAUUUUGGGCUGCUCUGCAAAGUAACUACAACUAUAUCAUGGACACUAACCUCCUCGAUGCCUGCCGCCAAGCUCGCUUCGAACUUGAACCCGAGACACGAACCGUAGUGAAUACACCAGAGAGUUGCUCCAAGAUGCUACAGCCAUCGCGAGCAGAAGGCACUCCUGAAGAUAUUAAAAAUUUGCGACGUUGGCUUCGUGAAAAGGAAGAAAUACUCGCCAAAGCUCCAACUUUAUUUGAAGCGACUCGUAUGACAACGCAGCAGCUACAGACUUUGGCAACGGAUCAUUCGGUAUUAUACUACGAUAUUGUAUCUCAUGCUCGAGUGGUCACUGCCUGUGUGAGGGCUUCUGAAAAAGAGACAAAGGCAGCAACAUUGCAGCAUUCGAAAGAAAACAGAAAAACCUCAACAACAAACGGUGAACAUCGAACUUCUGAAGAUAACUUGAAGGGACUUGAACGACGUUAUCAUUUGCUUUAUCUUAAAGCUAUCGAAAUUCAGUGUUUAUUUGAAGGCUUAUUAGGGAAGAGGAAUUCAUCGAACAUCUUGAAUCGUACGUCCUCAACUGAGACUGAUGAAGAACCCGCUUCUAAAGUUGCACGAUAUUCAGAUGAGCCCAAGGACAGUGCCUUUUUCGGAAUACUUAAGGAGCAUUUUACAACUCAGGCAGAAGCUAUAAGUGAUGAUAUAAUUUCUGAGGAAGACAGUGUGAAUAGCUGCAGCUUUCAAAAAAAGUUUUCAUUGCGGUUCCUACCGUCACCUCAUUCUCGCAGCCGUCGUCAUAAAUAUUCCGACUUGAAUGCAAUUGAAUUCGACGCCGAUUCCGAAAGCAGUGAAUUCGAGGAUGGAAGUCUGAACAAAGGAAAAAAUCGGGAUAUACGAAGACAGGAGAAAUGCUAUGCUGCAAAAAAGGAUUAUAACCAAUUGGUGGUUAAUGAAACUAUGGACUUUGGCUGUUCAGCCGCAAAGAAAUCUAGCUCUCUGAUCUUUGAAGCAACCGCAGAGAAUAGUACUAGUUUGAAAAUAAUACAAAAAACAAUUCUCGAAGAAAUUGAUCAACAGAAAUCUGUUGGAGUCACAAAAAAACGUGAGAGGACUGCAACAGAUAUAUCAAAGUUCAAUCGAUCUGAUCGCAAAUCGAAAAAUUGUGCCAUAUUUUAUUUCAAGCAUUUGGAUACGGAUAAUGAGAAUUUGGGAUUGUCAUCUCAAGGAAGCGAUGUACUGAAAUCAGAUGAUCCAUCAUCAGAUGAUGAGGGUUGGUUCUUCUCUAAUGAUUGUACAGAUGGAAAAUAUAUAAUAAGAGAAGAUUUUGAUAAGGAAAAUAAUACACAAAUUGAAAAGAAAAGUAAUAGUAACUCGAUUGGAAAACUAGCAUCGCCAAUAAUAUUGGAAGAAUCAGCAACAAAGAUAGGAACAACAAACGAUAUGGAGGAGAAAAUAGUUGAGGAAGUUAUAAAUUCGUCAAAACUAAGUAGUGAAGAUACAAUUCCAAACCAGGAAAAUGAAGGCACAUACAUUGGAAACCUAAACGAGAAAAGUGAUGAAAUAUUAAAAAAAAACCUGGCAAAUUCACCUGAAGGAAUUACGAAUAAGGAAUCGAUCAAACAACUCGUUAUUGAUGCUGAAAAUUUAGUUCGAGAUGAAUUGAUGAAAACACCAUCUAAGUGCCAUUCCAUUAUUAAAAUUUCCUCGACGGUUAAAAAGCGUGAACAAAUCAUGUCUGGAACUAACUUACAAAAGGUUCAAGAAUGGCUCGAAUAUGAAACACAAAGGGAAGACGCAGCAUCUACAUCUCAGCCUCCAACGGAUUGCGAGGCGUCAGGUGAAAAUACAGAAUCGGAAUCUAAUGAGCGUGAUUCCGACACAUCUGAAGGUUUCACAGAUUCGGUAGCCACGUGCAUGCAGACGGCUGAUAGCAAUUCACAGUGCACUUCUACAGAAAUAAUAGGAGGCUCCGCAGAACCUAUACCGAAUUGCGGCAGCAACACGAGUUUGAGCUAUGCAAAGGUUAUACGUCGCACGAGCAAACGUACUUCAGAUCGCCCUUGGUCAGUGUCGUGUUUAUCGCAGUUAACAGAAAGUGAUAAAAUCAGUUCCGAGAAGAUAAGAGCCAAUCAGGGGUUAGCUACUCAUUCUAUCAGUGAAUCAGCUCUGCAUAUAUUAUCAGCACAAAAUCAACGUUCUCGCAGGAAUGAUUCUCCGCAAACCCCAGUGAAAAGUUCCGACAGUAAAGGUUCCUUGAAACGACGUAAGCCAAGACGGAGAAAAACGACAAGUAAAAAAAGUGACUCGGGAUCUGAUGGGUUGCUUCAUAAAUUAUUUGAACAACAAUCAGUUUCAUGUGAUAUAAAAAUCGUAGAAGAUAUCACAAAAGCAUUGUCAAUGAUUUCUGUAGGGAAAUCAGUGAAAAAUCCAGGGAAAUCAAUGCAAGAAUUAGAGAGUGAAGAGGAAAACAUCUUGCCGAAACCCGAUUUCAAAAUUGGGUCCAUCACAAAUACUGUCGUACUGGCCAAAGAGACUAAGUUGGGCUCGUUAGCUGCUUUAGCUAAUUAUAUGCAUGAUGAACAAGGAGCUGUACCACUCAAAGUAAAAUCAAGAGGAGAUAACACUGGCACUGAAGAUCACAGCAGUUUCUCGGAACAAGCUUGGGAUAACUACCAAGAAAAAUACAAUUCUGAGAAUUAUUCAGAAGGAAUGGAUUCUGACGCCGCAAGGAGACUGUUAGAGUUUGGUGAUGAUUAUCGUAAUUUUUUGGAUUCGCAGUCAGACUGCUGUUCGUCUCUAUCAGCAGCGAAUAAUUUUGAUUCUUUGUCCCCGCCACGAAUGGAUUCAUUGAAUGCAUCUGAAUCUAAACUUCCUCAACAACCUUCUAUAAGUACAGUAGAUCAUAUACGACGUCGCCGUGCUUUGGAAUUGGAGUAUGAACGGCGGAGAGAAUUAAAGAAAAAAAAUUCCAAUGAUGAUGAAAUACGUGCUAAUAGAUCGUCACAUGGAAGUGGAUCUUCCAUUAAUAAUGGUUCUGUGAAAGGCGUCGAGAGGACAGUUAAAGGUUCUACUGAAGUUGUUCGCCGCUUAGACUUUGGAACAAACAGUCUGCCACAAUUUUCAAGAAGAGCCUCUGAAACUGAUACAAAUUCAACGCGUCGUCGAAAAUCGGAAGAUAGCUCUACAAUUCGUAGGCGAAUUUCUAGGACUAGCGACAAGGCAUUGAAAAUCUAUUCGCUUGGGUCAUUGUCUUCCAAUGCAUCAUCCGACGAAGAAAAGGAAGUGAAAAGUCUUUUAACACAAAGUAGAAGCCGUUUGGAGAAUACGAAUUCAUUGAAGAUUCGCAGCCUUUUGUUGAAACCAGAAGAUUAUGAUGAAAUUACAACCACAUGUCGAGAUAAUAUUGCUUGCCUGAGUUCUGUACUUUAUGGAGCGCCGGGAACUGGUUUGUCAACAGCACGAAAUAAUGAGACGAAAGAGUUGCUUUCAUCUUGGCAGCAUCUUUUGAUGUGGAGUGAAAACACUGCUGUGGCGCGAAAGCUACAAGAAGAGAUGGUCGCAUUGAAAAAUACUUUACAACGCUUUGGUCACCAUCCCUGCGACUUAGACUCUGAAGCUGCAAUUCAAUUUUCCAUUGAAGAGCUCAAGAGUGAGAAAAUCCAGUUACAAACUUAUCGGACGAAUAUGUUAUGCUUGAACGCUUCUGUUCAUAGUUGGUUAACAAGAGAAGAAAUAAAACUUAAGAAGAGUCAAGAGAUUGAUAUUAAUUCAGACGAAGCAAUGACUACUGCUGGAAGCGGAGGGGCUCUUAUUGGAAAUGGAAAAGUAAACGCUCCAUCUGGUGUAGGUGUUCAGGCAGAAGAGGAAUUGCAUAAGCAAUUGAAAAUCGAUGUGAGUGAAAUGUAUUGCGCGUGGGACGAAGCUGAUGCAAGAGUAUCAAACUAUCUGCAGUCUUUAACAAAUUCACUUACUGCUUGGCGCCAACUUGAAUUUGGACUAUCAGAAUUCCGUCAAGUAUUAGAUGAUGAUAGAGGGACUUUGCAAGGACUUGAAGGAGCUCUUGAUAGGGGACAAGCUAACCCAACUAUUUUAGCACAAAAUGUUAAAGUGGUUGCUAAGCUUUUGUCCGAAAAGGUUGCUAACGGGGGACAACAGGUUGCCAUUAUCACACACGAAAAUAGUGAAAGUCGGUCUGGUGUAGCCGCUCAAUUUCCAAUGAUCAUAACUUCUUCGAACGGUUCCUUAUCAGAUAGCGGUAUUUCAGAUGGUGGUGCUACUUCGGAUGGCGGCUUAUCGGAGAGGGAGCGCCGUCUUGGUGUACUGAGACGCCUGGCCAAACAACUGGAAAAUGCAUUAGCACCAGGAAGUGAAGCUUUACGAUCAAUAGCAGCACGAAUGGAGUCUGCUGAGUUGGAGCUUAAAGUACUUCAAAAGACGUGUCGAGAGUUAAUAGUACGUACUAGCGUUUCCCAGCAAACUGCUGAAAGUGUUGUAGAUUCCGCCUUACAAACAAAUGGAUUACAGAAAGAAAGUAUGCGAACGAAGAAGAGUCCAGGAUCUAAACGCAAGAAUAAAUUGAGAUCUUCCAGUAGUAGUGAUCGUAAUGCCCAUAAUGGCUCAUUACACCAACCGUCAGGCAUUUUCGCGAAAACAUCAGAUUCGGGUGAUCCUGAUGACCCUAAAGAUGAUCCCCCGGAAUUUCUCAUGGCUGAAGACGAUUUUGGACAGAAGCAAGGCUGGGCAUGGCGAGUUGCUCGUAUUGCUCUCCCCGUGCAAAUUGCUAUCAUAACUUUACUUUGCGCAGCGUGCUUCAUGGAACCACAUUGUUGCGACACAUUGAAUAAUUUUUCUAUGAGUUUCGCACCACAAUUGCGAUACAUACGCGGUCCGCCUCCAAUCUGAGCGAUUAACAUUUGUUAAUGGUUUACAAUUUCGAGAACAUUUCUGGGUUGUGAUAAGGCUUUAGCGUACAACGUAAGCGAUGUGUAAUGUGUUAUUAGGUUAUCACUUUCGUUCGUUGCCUUAAGAGGAAAUAAAUGCGUUAACAGUUUUUUGCCCAGGGUUUCUAUAUCGGGAAAUUUACUUUUAGAAACAUCUCAGUGUAAGAAGAAGGCAUUUAAAAAAUAUGUAAAGUCGUGAGAAAUUAACUGCCACCCUGAAUAUGAAGUGUUUGAUUAUACUCGUCCAUCUAGGAAGUCAUAGGGAAUUCUACCCAAUUCUUCAAACUACAAACUCGACAGAUUUUCCAAACUAAUAUAUACGAGUACUUCUGGGGACAAUUCUUAGGAAGUAAACCCAGCCUUGUUGGACGCAUUUUCACUUACUGAUUAUGCAGAUGUAUUAGCAAUAAUUAGGAAGGAUAUAUGAAUAGGAUACUUUUUUACUUUUUCCAAUAAAAUUUAAAUUUAAUAUUUUUCUAUUUUAUAUCUGAUUAGUUAUUCUAAACCAAAAUUUGGCCAGAAAAGCUCGCCAAAGAAGAAACAAUGUUCUUAUAGGUCUUAUAGCCGCACACCCCUAUUCAUUGGUUUAACGGUUAUGAAGUAUUUUAAGCUUAGUGCCUAUUUAAAAAAAAUAUUAUUUGUUUUGAUAGGCAAUCUAAAGGUAGAUAUGCAUAUUUUAUAUUUUACAUAAAAAAUGUUGAGGAUGUGCGCAAUAUUUGAAGCAAUCUAUGCAAUAAACAGCUUUUGUGUUUUGCCACAUGGGUCGAAGCGAUUUGAGCUGGUCGAAUAGUAAUUGGAGAAACGCAGAUAGGCACAAGCGAAAGAUAUAGAUGUUCAGUGUGAAUCAAAGCAAUGAACUGAUUUCACAACGGACUUUUUUUGUCAUUCGACACUGCUUUCUUUUUUUAAACGAUUUUGAAUUAUAAAAGUUUCGACCAAACAUUUAUGUUCGUUUUAGACAAAAUAUUGUAUUUGAAUUUUUCAAAAAUAAACCAUUUUUUCAAAAGAG